AUGGAUCUUCGCAGGGUACCGCCUUUCAACGAAUGGCUGACUGUGUUGCUUUGGAUGCAACAAAACACAUUGCAAAACAAUGUUGGCAAGUUGGACGCCGUCUCUGCUGACGGAACUAAACACUCACCGGCUACACUUUCGCUGGUCAUCGGAGCUGAUGUCAUCAUUCCUUUUCCAUGUGUUAAGAACCUGGGGGUGGUAAUCGACUCGCAUCUUUCUCUUGAAGCCCAGAUUCGCAGUGUUUGCAAAAAAGCUUUCUACCAGAUCCGUCGCAUCAGUCGGAUAAGAAAGUUUCUGGAUCUUCCUACUUGCAAUAGUCUUGUGUGUGCGCUCGUUUCUCCACAUCUCGAUUACGCAAAUUCCUUGUACUAUGGUCUCCCCGAGCAUCUCCUUGAUAGGCUACAAAGGGUUCAGAAUGCAGCCGCAAGACUUGUUACUGGUGCCAACCGAUUCGCAUCGUCCAAAGCUCUAUUGAAAUCGCUGCACUGGCUUCCUGUCCGCGCCCGUAUCCAAUAUAAGAUUGCUGUCCUUGUCUACCGAUGUAUCAAUGGAUGUGCCCCCAGUUACCUUCGUGAUUUGGUCACGAGGUACGUCCCUGCCUGA